AUGGUCGCCGAUACAAUGCCUCCCACACACAAGAAGACGCGCAUCGUGUCCGUCGUCGCUGCUACUUUGAUUGCCCUUGCCUGUGGCACAAACUAUGCCUACUCAGCAUGGGCACCGCAGUUCGCCGAUAAGCUUAAGCUCUCUGCUACUCAGAGUAACAUUAUCGGAACUGCCGCCAAUCUGGGCAUGUAUGCGGCCGGCAUACCCAUGGGCAUGAUAACGGAUCGGAAGAGCCCAAGACUUGCUGCCAUCAUCGGCAUGUUUGCGCUCUUUGUGGGAUACUACCCCAUCAAACUGGCAUACGAUGGAGGCCCCGGCUACAUGAGUGUGGCCUUGAUAUCCUUUUGUUCUUUCUUGAGCGGUGUGGGCAGCUGUGCUGCUUUUCAGGCUGCCUUGAAGACUGCUACUCUCAACUGGCCAACUCACCGUGGAUCGGCGACGGCAUGUCCGCUGGCUGCUUUUGGCCUUAGUGCUUUCUUUUACACGCUCAUCGCCGGCAUCGCGUUCCCGGGAAACACAUCCGGCCUACUUACGAUGUUAUCUUUUGCAACUUCGAGUCUCGUGCUAGUAUCAAUACCCUUCCUUAUCGUCGUCGAUCAUAAGGCUGGCACUGGCUACGCAGUGAUACCCACUAGCGAGCGUACACGACGUGACUCAAAUGUGCUUCAUACGACAAAGUCUAGCACUAGCACCAAGUUCAAGUCCUCCGCUCUACCGCAACAGGAGACCACAGCCGAGGAAGAACAAGACGGCCCCUCUACAGAAGUAUCGUCGCUUCUGUCAUCUCUUCCUGGCGACAUUGUCGACGAUGAUUCCGAAGCCGUAAGCAAGAAGUCGGCUCACUCUUCAACAGACGUGACUGGACUGGCUCUGCUACGUAGACCGGAGUUUUGGCAACUCUGGGUUCUCAUGGGUCUUUUGUCGGGUGUUGGCCUCAUGACCAUCAACAACAUUGGCCAUGAUGUGCAAGCACUCUGGAAAUUCUGGGAUCAAAAGGUUACUGAUGAUUUCCUCGCUCACCGCCAGCUGUGGCACGUCUCUUUGAUUUCGCUUUGCUCCUUCCUGGGACGACUUUCGUCUGGUAUUGGUUCCGAUCUUAUCGUGAAGCGUUUGAACCACUCGCGCUUCUGGUGCGCUGCAAUUUCGGCCGCGAUUUUUGCCCUUGCACAAGGCGCUGCGAUCCGUGUUGAGGAUCCACACUACCUAUGGGCUGUUUCCGGACUUUCUGGUCUCGCAUAUGGAGUCUUGUUUGGUGUUUUCCCUGUGCUGGUUGUUGACGCUUUCGGCCCGGAUGGUUUCGCUGUCAAUUGGGGAUUCAUGACUCUGGCACCCGUCGUCAGCGGCAACGUGUUCAAUCUGUUCUAUGGUACGGUCUACGACUCCAACUCGAUAGUGGAGCCCGAUGGCCAGCGCGGUUGCGAGGUGGGACUUUCGUGUUACCGCACCGCAUACUACGUCACCCUCACCUCGAGCGUGUUGGGCAUCUUUGCCUGUUUCUGGGGUAUCUACGGCGAACACUCGAGGAAGAUGCGGGAAUUGGAGGAACAUGAGGGCCACCGGGAUGUGUGA